UUUGAGCUGCAUUGUGCGGUGGUGAGGGGAGAGCGAGGCACGCAGGGCAUACAUGGAUUGUGCAGGCUUGGGGUGAACCCUUUCUUGUCCAUGGAGGAAAAACACGUCUGAUGGAGCAGUGGAUGACCGCAUCCUGGACAUGAGGAUAUGAAGAGUGUGAAAGGAAGGUGAAGUGAGAAGGUUCCCAUCAUGAUCCAGGGAUGCCCUGAAGCAGAAAACGGCUCCGCAGAUCCAAUCCUGGCUGUUCAGGUGACUUUGUGGCAGAAUCUCUGUCUCCUCCUUGACUAUAAUCGGAGUGGAUGCUGAUAUCCACCUCCACUCAUGAAUAUCCACUGUGGAGACUCCGCUCCUGGCACUGAUGUCUAUCACAGUCCAGAUGCCCCUGAAGUGGAACUGGUUAACUUGCUAGAAGACCAACUCCCUCAAUACAAGUUACGAGUGGACUCCUUGUAUCUCUACAGUCACCAAGACUGGCUCCAACACUCCCCAACACAUCAAAGCAAUGGCCUUGGCAGCCUUUCUCCUGUCCUGGCUGAGGAGACUUUCCGUUACAUGACUUUUGUUGAACUUCCCUCCUCUUCAUAUGAUGAUUCUUGUAAAGCAAGUCGAGGAACGCAAGUUCUUGGUUCAGAACGAAUAGAACAGAUGACAAGAAGUUACAAUGAUACCGACAUGCUAACCCAUCUGCUGACAGAGAGAGACCGAGACCUUGAGUUGGCUGCUCGCAUCGGACAGGCCCUUCUGAAAAGGAACCACAUCUUGACGGAGCAGAAUGAGUCCUUGGAAGAACAGCUGUCUCAGGCAUUAGAUCAUGUGAAUCAGCUCCAGCAUGAGCUGACCAAGAAGGAUGACCUGCUUAGGGUGGUUUCCAUUGCCUCAGAAGAGAGUGAGACGGAUUCCAGUUGUUCUACCCCCUUGCGCUCCAAUGACUCCUUUACCCUCACACACGGGCUGCUGCAGCUGGAUAACCUACACGUCAAACUGCGAGAGCUGGAAGAGGAGAAUCUUUCUCUACGUUCUCAGGCCUCUCACCUGACAUCAGAGACCAUAACUUAUGAAGAGAAGGAGCAACAACUGGUCAUUGACUGCGUGAAGGAAAUUCGGGAAUCCAAUGCCCAAAUCGGUCGACUUACUGAUGAGUUGUCACGUAAGUCUGAUGAGAUUGUCCAAUACCAGGAGGAGAUAUCCACUGUGUUGUCUCAGAUGGUUGAUCUGCAGCACAAGAUGAGGGAGAGCGCAAUAGAGAAAGAGGAGCUGAGAAUUCAUUUGCAGGCAUCUAAAGAGGCUCAGAGGCAGCUGACUGCUGAGCUUCACGAUUUACAGGAUCGCGAUGCAGAAUGUCAAGGGAUGCUGCAGGAAGCUCAGGAUGAACUGAAAAUGAUGCGCUGUAAAGCCAGCCCCUCAGCCCUUCUUAGGCGGCCUCAGUCAUGCAGUGUGUUCCCUGUGGAUUCCUUAGCAGCUGAGAUUGAGGGAACCAUGAGGAGACAGUUGAGCCUGGAAGAAGACUCAAGCUUUGGAGAACGAAAAAAGCAUCCAAAGCGUGUGUUUGAUACUGUCAAAGUAGCAAAUGAACUGCGCAGUCGAUCUUCUUCUACAUCUUUGGCAAUACCUGGGUCAAACCGUUCUGGGUUAGUGAUGACCGCUCUACCUUUUGAAUCAGAGGCAAACAAUGAAGAGAAGAAAACUAAUACCUGCUCAACCGAAGAAGAUUUCAAGGAAAAAGAUUUGAAGGAACACAUAAGGUCUGAAAUCCUAGAUGAUAGUUUAGAAACUGCACUACACAGGCUGCACCUCCGGCGCCAAAACUACCUAAGUGAGAAGCAGUUCUUCAGGGAAGAGUGUGAGCGAAAACUAAAACGUCUGGAGGACGAGCGAGAUCUCAGUGGCUGCAGCACUCCGACAGGGAGCGUCAGGUCUCUGGCAACCCACUUCUCAGAUUGCACCGACUUUUCUGCUACUUCUAGUUCCUUGCGCAGUCUGCUACCGGAGAAAUUACAGAUUGUUAAGCCCCUUGAAGGUUCCCAGACUCUUCAUCACUGGCAACAGCUGGCACAGCCCAACCUGGGUACCAUUUUGGACCCCCGUCCUGGUGUACUAACCAAAGGUUUUAAACCGCUGCCUGAAGAUGCUGAAUAUCGCUUGUGUGAUCUGGAAGAGGAUGAAAAAGAAGUUGAUGAGGACGACGACGACGACGGUGGCAUAACUUUUAAAGUUCAUGAAAGAGUUGAUGGUGAUGUGCCAAAAUCCUCCCCAAGUAUAUUCCUGCCACCCAUAAGCCUGGCACCAGCCACAACCUCUGCCUCAAACCCUGGAAAGUGCCUUGGCAGCACAAAUUCAACCUUUACCUUUACCACUUGCAGGAUCCUGCAUCCCUCUGACAUCACUCAGGUUACCCCGAGUUCUAAGUACACUACAUCGUCCUUUGGAAGUGGAAACUCUUGUUCAACCAGCACGUCUGUGAGUUCCGUUUCCUGUCGUUUGAGCCUUGGAGAAUAUUUCGGGAAAGCGUCUGAUCCCUCCAUAAAUAAUAGCAGCACUUUAGCCAAGUUGCUGAAAGAACAAGGGAUAUCUGCAAAAGUCAACAGUACCUGUGUUCAAGAGAAACCUUCACGUCCACAGAAUCUGCUCCUUCCCUCCACCCCACCCAAUUCUCCUUCCCGUUCUCCGUGUGCAUCCCCUCAGACUUUUGAACCACGAGCAAAUCCCUCGGAAAACUUCUUGGCAGUUUCAAGACCAGCCGAGAGCUUUCUUCAAGAAAUGUACGGCUUAAAGUCUGCGCGGAGCCAAAACGAUUUGGGGCAGAUGAAGAUGAGCUUGGUGGAGAGGUUGAAACGUUUAGGGAUCGCAAGAGUAGUCAGUCAACCAAGUACAGGGGACCAAACGCUAAGGCCAGCAUUAAACAAUGGGCUUAAACAACAAGAGUCUGCCAUGUUUGUUGCAACAAGCAGUAGUCUCAUGGGCGGAUUAAGGAGGAACCAGAGUCUUCCUGCCAUUAUUGGUGGACUUGCUCCUGUUUACACAUCGUCUCCAAAAAUGGGUAGCUUAAAAGAAGACUAAACAGGGGAUUGCAACUAACUGUGUGAAGAAGGAAUGUUAGCAAGUUUUCUGUACAAAUUGUUGAAGGUCUGAGCAUGUUGUGUAGGAGAGAAGAGUAAUGGUUAAAUGAGAGGUUGAGUUGAAGGAUUUAGAAUGUGUUUGGAAAGUAUAAGAAAUGGAGAAGUGCAUGUUGACCGGUUGCUGUUGGCUUCUUAUGAAACCAAGCUAAAAAUUAUUUUUAAGUCAAUUUUGAACUUGAAAUGUGUGAAGUACCCUCAGAUAGCUAGCUUUAUCUGCCGCCAUUAAAAUGUUUUUGGCUAUAAUGCAGAGCUGUAUGAAGGACUGAGCACCAUACAUAUGUGUAGAAGACUAACACCACUAUAUAUAGUGUAGGAGGAAUUAAAGCUUGGCACGUUACAUAAAGUGUUAAUGAUCAAUAAGGGGAAAUGUAUAUAAUAUUGGAUAUUCCAGCCAGCUUUAAAUAUAUAUAUAUAUGGAAUGACCUUUGUGCCAGUUUAUUUAGAUCUGCGAGCUUUAUAAGGGAAUAAACCGUGACCAGAAGAGUCUGAUUUCAAAAUGUCCCUAAAAUGUAGGGCUUGGUUUUACUUGUCCAGGAUAUUUUCCCUCCAAAAGAUCGUAUAGGCCUGGAUACUUAAUUUUUGAGCACUUUAGUUUUUAAGUAAUCUCACUUCGUUGAGUUAUAUACUAGUCAUAAGAGUCCAACUAGUAGUCCAUUUUAACACAUCUGAAAGCUUCAGAUAAUUUAGGUAAGGCUGGCCAUACACAUAAGAUUCUCUACUUCCUCCAUGCACCUGCAUCCUUGACUGGACCAAGCAUGUGUGCAAGUGUUCUGAAUAGGGAGAAUUCUGGUGCCAGACACCUCUGCGGCUCAUCUCUCUGAGAACAAAAGGUUCAGGCAUGUUGAACUCUUAACAGCCCUAGCCACAUGUCCUCUAUCAUCUGUUGUUGGGGAAAAGUCAGAAGGCCCUCCUAUACAUUAGAUGUUCGGCAGAUAUACAUUUGUGUAUGGCCAGCUUAAAUGGGUAUUCCUAUCUCCACAGGAUAUUCCAUCAGUCUCCGAGGUGGGGACCUGCACCUGUCUUGAGAAUGGGGCCCCAUAUCAUGGCCACAGCAAAUGGAGAGGUAGCUAUGCAUGUGAAGCCCUCUGCAUUUAUUUCUAUGGGAGUUCUGAAAAAUGUCAAGAAGGCUGAGUUCACAUCACCAUUUCUCUGAAGGAAAUGGCUCAAAUGGAUGCCAAAUGUGCAUAGCUGAUGUUCGGGAUCAGUUUUUUCUUUAUUUUUCUGUUCUUCUGAUGGAUCAGAAGAAGGGAAAGAUAAUGGUGAUGUGAACUCCCAUAGAAGUGAAUAGAGAGAGCCAUGCAUACGUGGCCACCUGUCCAUUCACAGUGUCGGUGAGGUGGGGCCCCAUUCUCAAGACAGAUUCAGGUCCCAUCUUGGACGUUUGUGGCACAGCCCUUGGAUAUGCCAUAAAUGUCCAAAUAGGAAUAACCCUUUAGGUUAGCUAUCAUUUCCAAACAAGUUCCAACGAAACUGGUUCAACUGCCUAAUAAUGGACCUUGACAGGCGUUCUACUGAAAGUAUGGAUCUUUAGGUAAGAUGUGGUUUUCUAACUAAAAAGCACAAACUUUUAAUGAAAUAAGGGUGUUUUUUUAUAUAUAAAAAAAAAAGGAUAACUAAAGGAAUAUUUUAUACAUGGGAAUGAAAAUCCCUGCUUUACUAUGUGGUGGCACAAUGGGAAUGAGGUAUUUCUGUGUAAUAAACGUAUCCAGGUAGAGUCAUCUGUAGGACCAGUGGUGCCACUUGUAAUCUGGUGCAAAACUGGUUCCGUGCAAUAUUUUUUAGAAACCAUUCACAUGUGAGCCAGUCUGUGUGCCAUUAGACAUUACGCCGUACUGUUCUUGUACCAGCACAUGGCGAAAUCUUGCAAUAUUGCUUGUAAGUGAUGUGCGCUAGUUGCUAUUGAGCUCCGCCCAACCAGAUGGCGUUAGUGAGGGCAGAUACAGUCUCUGCAUAUGUCACUUCUUCCAAUUUAGUGAUUUUAGUCCGGACAUGGCUUAGGAGAUAACGAACACACACAGGGGCUUAUGCAUAAAAUAGCUUAUAGUCUUUAGGCAAUAUCAGGUUGUUACUGCUUCUGAAAAAUAGUACUGGGCAAUAUGUUCCUGUAUGACCAAGGCUCAAUGCAUACUUACUUACUUGUUUG